UUCGAACACAACAACAUGAACGGUAAACUUCUGCGGGCCGCGUACGUGAUCGGCCUGUGCGCUUUGGCCGCGGCCACCGACAACGUGAAACCGGAACCGGAUAGCGACGAGAAGGGCCAAGGGAAGAGGGGCAUCCUCGGCACGGGCUACGGAUUCGGCCAUACGAGCGGUGAUGAUUUCCAACACGGAUACCAAGAGCGAGUCCUGUCCAAAAUCAUUGUCACGGAGGUGGCCCGGCCGUACCCGGUGCCGGUGGAGAAACGAGUCCCGUACCCGGUCCGGGUCGCCGUUCCCGUGGACCGCCCGUACCCGGUGCACGUGCCCCGGCCGUAUCCGGUAACGGUGGAGAGACCCGUCCCCUACGAAGUUAAAGUCAACGUCCCGCGACCGUACACCGUGUACAAGCAAGUGCCGUAUGAAGUCAAAGUUCCGGUCGACAAGCCGUACACCGUGCAUGUACCGAAACCGUACGCCGUCUACGUGGAGAAGCGCGUGCCCUACGAAGUCACCAAGCACGUGCCGUAUCCCGUCAAGGUGUUCGUCGACAAGCCGUACACCGUUCGCGUACCGGUGGAGAAACACGUGCCGUACCCGGUCGAGAAGCCGGUGCCCUACCCGGUCCAAGUGCCGGUUGACCGUCCGUACCCGGUGACCGUCGAGAAGCACGUACCGUACCCGGUCGAGAAGCACGUGCCGUACCCGGUCGAGAAGCAUGUGCCGGUGAACAUCGCGGUCCAGUACCCAGACCGAGAACGCGAAGGAACGUUCUAUCGGCAGACCGAACCAAACGAGGUGCACAACGUAGCCGAUCCGCGACCAAGCCAGCAGCUUCAACAAGAACGCGAGGAGCAACAAGAAUAUCAGCCACUGCAGCAGCAGCAGCAGCAACAACAAGAAUAUGAACAGCCGGAACAACAUCAGGAAUCCCAACAACCAGAACAGCAACAGCAGGGAUUCCAACAGCCGGAACAGCAGCAGGACUACCAACAGCCGGAACAGCAACAGCAAGAAGAUGAACAGCCAGAACAGCAGCAGGAAUUCCAACAAUCAGAACAGCAACGGCAAGAAUAUCAACAACCGGAACAGCAACAACAGAAUCAACACCAGUCGAAACAACCGGAACAACAUGAAGGACAACGCGACCAACAUGAAGAUAGAAUCGUACACACCAGAUGUAUAAAUUACACAUGCCGUUCGUCAAUAUUUGAUUUACGCAGCUGCUUCAAAAAAGGAAACUGUAACGUCACAUCAAUGGAAGUUCUAACAAUUAUAACACAGAAAAUUUUCAAAUCAAUAACUACCAUGUUCGUAUUUCUCGUGAUGAUGCUCUUCUUCGUGUGGAACUGGCACCGGCACUUCGACUUUAACAGGAACUUUGACCAGGUACGGCACUGGUUUCUCAACGUGGUACGGUACCGGUUUGUCAACCGGGUACGGGACGUGCUUCUCGACGGUUACCGGGUACGGGCGGUCGACCGGUACUUUGACCGGGUAAGGCACUCGCUUCUCAACCGGGUACGGGACGUGUUUCUCUACCGGUACGUGAACGGUGUACGGCUUGUCGACGGGCACCUUGACGGUGUAAGGCACGUGCUUGGUGACUUCGUAGGGGACGCGUUUCUCCACGUAGACGGUGUACGGUUUGGGCACGUGGACGGUGUACGGUUUGUCGACCGGCACCUUGACUUCGUACGGCACUUGCUUGUACACGGUGUACGGUUGCGGGACCUUGACUUUGACUUCGUAAGGGACGGGUUUUUCUACAUGCACCGGGUACGGCUUGGGUAUGUGCACCGGGUACGGGCGGUCCACGGGCACGGUAACUUUGACAGGAUACGGGACGUGCUUCUCCACUUUUACCGGGUACGGCUGAGCCACUUCCUUGAUGAUCGUCUUGGAGAGAACUUUUUGCUCGUGCCCGUGGUAGAAAUCGUUACCGCUUACCUCGUGACCGAAAUCCGACCCGAAGUCACCGCUUGUGUCAACGAUUCCUCUCUUUUUCUGGUGGCCGUACCCGUGGACCGCCCGUACCCAGUGCACGUGCCCAAGCCGUACCCGGUGCACGUAGAGAAACCCGUCCCUUACGAAGUCAAAGUCAAGGUCCCGCAACCGUACACCGUGUACAAGCAAGUGCCGUACGAAGUCAAGGUGCCGGUCGACAAGCCGUACACCGUCCACGUGCCCAAACCGUACACCGUCUACGUGGAGAAGAAAGUGCCAUACGAAGUCACCAAACACGUACCCUAUCCCGUCAAGGUGCCCGUCGACAGGCCGUACACCGUUCACGUACCGGUAGAGAAACACGUCCCGUAUCCGGUCGAGAAGCCAGUACCUUACCCGGUCAAAGUGCCAGUCGACCGUCCGUACCCGGUGACCGUCGAGAAACACGUGCCGUACCCGGUCGACAAACCGGUGCCGUACCACGUCGAGAAGCCAGUGCCUUACCCAGUCAAAUUCCCCGUGAAAGUCGAAGUCCCAGUACCGUACGAAGUUCCACACCACCACGAAGAACACUCAUACGGAGAACACUCCUACGGAAGCCAUCACAGUUACUAACCAUACCUCGGUCAUCCUGUUUGACUUUAUGUAAAAUACACAACUCAACCGAUUCUUAACGAUUUUUUCUGUGCAUGAUACUCUGACAUUUUCCACAUUUAUAUUUAUACAUGUAAACACAUAUAUUAAUAAAUAUAAAAUAAAUA